GGCCCCGCCCCAGCAGAGGCGGAAGUGGAGCCGCCCCGGGCCUCUCGCGUUCCCGGGGGGACCUCAGCCCAGCGGUGCGCCUGGGCCCAUGGCCGCCUACUCCUACCGCCCGGGCCCCGGGGCCGGCCCAGCUGGAGGCGCGGCGCUGCCCGACCAGAGCUUCUUGUGGAACGUUUUCCAGAGGGUUGAUAAAGACAGGAGCGGGGUGAUAUCGGACAACGAACUUCAGCAAGCACUAUCCAAUGGCACAUGGACUCCAUUUAAUCCAGUGACUGUCAGGUCAAUCAUAUCCAUGUUUGACCGGGAGAACAAGGCUGGCGUGAACUUCAGUGAGUUCACUGGCGUCUGGAAGUACAUCACAGACUGGCAGAACGUCUUCCGCACCUAUGACAGGGACAACUCUGGGAUGAUUGACAAGAACGAGCUCAAGCAAGCACUCUCAGGUUUUGGGUACCGGCUCUCUGACCAGUUUCACGACAUCCUCAUUCGCAAGUUCGACAGACAAGGACGGGGGCAGAUCGCAUUUGACGACUUCAUCCAGGGCUGCAUCGUCUUGCAGCUUACUUUACUGUAAGAAUAUGUACAUAAUACAUACAACGUACAAAAGGUUGACCGAUAUAUUCAGGCGUUACGAUACGGAUCAGGACGGCUGGAUUCAGGUGUCAUAUGAACAGUAUCUGUCCAUGGUCUUCAGCAUCGUAUAGCACUGGCCUUUGCAAAUAGCAACAUGACUUAUGGAAGGAAGACUAAAAAUGCCAAAUCUCCCUUUAAGGAAAUGGGACACAGAUGCAGCUAGAUACUGUUCUUCCUUUAGAUUUUAUAUAAUUAACAUUUGGGGACCCGACUGUAUAUACGUGGAUAAGCUGAUAAGGUUUUUGCAAAUGUAACAAUAGUUGUAAUCAUUAUUCACAUACAGACAUUUGAUUUGAGACUGUUCAGUUGUGCCAUGAGGUAAGAUAUGAUAAUGUUUCAGAUAUCCUGCAUGCAAAAAAUUCAUCAUGUGCAUUUCUAGAUAGCUCCAGGUCUAUAGUGGAAAUACUUUUAUUAGCCAUUAGGAAUUUAAAAAUAAUACGGAACCUGCACAGAGGCUUUUAUGUGCCUUACAUUUUUUAAAACGGGGUUUAUUGUAUUUGUUUGAAUAUGCAACAUAAGCAAUAAAGCAAAUGCACCCCCUGUC